AUGAGAAUACAUACUGACACUAUUGCUGUCACAGCUGUCGUCUGCAGCAUCAUUGUUGCUUCCACUGAAGCAUGGUCUCCAGCUGGCCUCUUUCGGUUAGACCGACGACAACACCUGAUAAAACACCCACUUCCUACCAGAUUGCAGAUGGCUCCUCCACGACAGUCAUCAGCACCAAGAUCCGCCAAGGUUGAGGAAAUUGAGAACCGAGAGUCCUCUCAUAGCACCGAUAUCCCAUCGGAAGCUCCUAGUUUUGUACAUGAAGGAGAGUUGAAUUAUGCUGAAGAGGAACUACUCUCGUCAUUAGCAGCCGAAGAAGGUGGUGGUAAGAAUCUAAAGGUUCCUCAGAUCCAUCUACCUCCAAGACUUUCCAAUCCCGGUGUUGGGUGGGAGCACCAUCACCGAGCAACGACCCAGUUUGUCCAUGGGCAUUUAUCGAGAAUGAAAGCAAACGGCGAUCCUACAAAGUAUUUGGUUUCCAACACAGAUGAAUGGAAAAUAUUGGAUGAGCACAAGGAAGAGAUUGACGAGAUUCACCUGCGAGACUUAUUACAAGAUUCUGAAAGAUCAGGAGCCAUGUAUGCUGAACAUGAUGGUGUAUACCUCGACUUUUCAAGGCAACGAGCAACGCUGGAAACCUUGGAUCUGCUAGAGGAUCUUGCGGAAAAGCAAGAAUUGACCCAAAAGAUCAAAGCCAUGAUGACGGGAGAAAAGAUCAACUUUACUGAAAAGCGAGCCGUGUUGCACACUGCUUUGCGAGCGGAUCGAACCGAAAAAGUCUAUGUUGAUGGCAAGAAUGUCGUUGAAGAAGUUCAUGAAGUACUUGAUCAGAUCAAGACGUUCACGGAAGGUGUCCGAAGUGGAUCAAUCCGUGGCUACACUGGCAAGCGGUUACGAAAUAUCAUUUCUGUUGGUAUUGGUGGGUCAUAUCUGGGACCAGAAUUUUUGCACGAGGUGCUGAAGACUGAGCCAGAAGGAAUCAACUCGGCCUUGGGCUACGAUCUUCGCUUCCUGGCCAAUGUGGAUCCUGUCGACGUCGAGAGGACUUGUGCUGACUUGGAUCCAGAAGAGACUCUUAUUGUCAUUGUUUCCAAGACUUUUACAACCGCUGAAACCAUGCUGAAUGCAAGAACGAUGCGCCAAUGGUUGUGGGACUUCAUGGGCAAUGACAAAGAAGUUGUACGAAAACACAUUGUCGCUUGCGCCUCGACGUCAGCGACGGAAAAGGUCAAGGACUUUGGCAUUGAUACGGACAAGUACUUCUUUCGAUUCUGGGAUUGGGUUGGUGGAAGAUACAGUGUUUGCAGUGCUGCUGGUGCUCUUCCAAUCAGUCUACUGUACGGCUUCAAUCUGUUUGAGAAAUUCCUCAAGGGAGCUCAAUCGAUUGACAAGCACUUUGCCACCGCGCCCUUCCGCGAGAAUAUUCCCAUGAUCAUGGGAAUGCUGGGUGUCUGGAAUCAUUCGUUUCUGAAUUACAAGACGAGGACAACGCUGCCGUAUGCUGAAGCCCUACUCAAGUUGCCGUCGCAUAUUCAACAAUUGGAUAUGGAAUCCAAUGGUAAAACCAUGACAAAAUUUGGAGUAGAAGCAAACUACAAUGUGGGAGAGAUCGAUUUCGGUGAGCCAGGAACAAAUGGCCAACAUUCCUUCUUUCAGCUGUUACACAUGGGACAACCUGUUCCAUGUGACUUUAUCGGAUUCUGCCAGUCGCAACACGAUCUGUGUCUUGAUGGCGAGAGCUUUAGUUCUCAUGACGAACUAAUGGCCAACUUUUUUGCCCAGCCAGAUGCGCUUGCGAAUGGCAAGACUGCCGACGAAGUCCGUGCAGAAGGUAUUUCCGAAGAAGAUAUCCCACACCGAGUUUUCAAGGGAAAUCGACCAAGUAUGUCAUUGCUCUUACCCAAGCUAACGGCGUAUGCAGCAGGUCAACUAUUGGCCAUCUACGAACACCGAACGGCCGUGCAAGGCUUCAUUUGGGACAUUAACUCGUUCGACCAAUGGGGUGUAGAGCUCGGCAAGAAGCUUGCCAUUGACGUCAAGAAUCACUUGCAAGAAGCAAGAAAUUCGGACGAUCACGUGAUUGAAGCCUCCAACCCCGCUUCCUCUAGAAUUUUGAAUUACUACGUGGAUCAGAGCCGUGACGAUCACGUCUGCAGGGAUGCAAACAAUGCGAGCUCACUCACACGCGUCACACGAAAAACUCAUGCAGAUCACUCAAGAUUACCGCCACCUGUGCAGCAUGACUUGGCCGGAAAAGGCGGACGACUGUAG